CUCUCUCUCUCUAUCUUCUCCACUUCCUUUAUAACUAAUCUUCAACUAAAUCUCUCUCUCUCUCUCUCUCUCUUAACCUUUUCACCCAAAAUUUUCGACUUAAUUACCAAAAAAAAACCAGCCAUUGAUCGUAAAACCUUUCCUCCACCGCACACCCCCUCGCCGGGGGUAGUGCGUCGUCUCCACGCGCCUCCUUCUUCUUCUUCUUCUUCUACUUCUCUCUUGAAACAGCACUCUUGGUCUCCGGAUCUGAUCCGCGAAGAAGCUUGGUCAAAACGCCAAGAUGUCUCCCGUCGCCACCGUUACCUCCGCCGGGGGAAGAGCUUGACCGACGAAGAUCUCGACGAGCUCAAAGCGAGUUUCGAACUCGGGUUCGGGUUCGGAUCUCCGGAGAUGGCGGAUCAGAGACUUUCUGACACGCUUCCCGCGCUGGAACUCUACUUCGCCGUUCAGAAAAGCUACAACGACGCCGUUUCUAACAAAUCCACCACAACGUCGUCUUCUUCACUCUCCUCCGACGGCGAUACCAGUCCUCACAACUCCGUAUACCGAAACAGCGAUGAUCCGCAAACGGUGAAGACGAAGCUGAAGCAGUGGGCGAGAGUGGUGGCGUGCACCGUGAACCAAUCGCCUCCGAGAUGAGAAUGAUUAUAACGUGUUGGGGAUACAAAUUAAUUCCGGAAAGGGAUACGUCAAUUGAAACGGCCAAACAAGUCGGGUGGAGUUCAGUCAGCAUUGUAAUAUUAUCUAUUAUUACACAACACACUAUAUAGUAGUAGUAUAUAACUAUGUUUGGGACACAACUUGUUUAUAGAUUACAUUAUUGUUUAUUGUAUAUUGUUGCAUGAUUUGAUUUGAUAUAUAUAUAUAUAUAUAUACACAACAGAGCUCCAUUUGCAAAAGUAUAUUCUUAGAUUCUGUUAAGUCUUGA